AAAAAUUUAGGCACAUGAAAGAGGGAAACGAACAGCCUUUUCCAAUUGCAUUCCAGUCUCCUUUUCCACUCUCCAGACCUGAGAACACAUUCCAAUCCAGAAUUUAUCCCUAAAACCUACUCCAAUCCGGAAUUAAUCUCCAAAAACCACUACUCUACUAGUCUACCACUGCAAAAGUUCCAGCGAAAUCCAGAGGUUGGGCUGCUGCGGCACGUUCGCACACAGAGAGUUUGCAUUUCACAAACGGCUAAGGUCUUACAAAUUCGGAGCAGAAUUGCCUGAUAAUCGGACUCUUCGUUUUCGACUGCAACCCAGAACAGUCGCAUUGUCUACUUCAAUCACCACGCAACCACCAUUACCACCAAUUUCUGAAUCCUUUCAUUUUGGGGACUCAUCAAUCAGGUUUUAUCGCUCUUUGUUGAUGAUUAUGUCUACAAGAAAAUUUGAAUCAGGAUGUACCAAAAGGAAAAGGUUGAAAAGUUGAUUAAAUCUCAAGAGGGAGCAUUUGAUAAGUUUUUUAAUAGUAGUAAAUGAACACCUAAUGAAGACGUAGUUACUAAAGAAGUAUUUAAUGAGGAUGAUAACAGAAAUAAUAUAAUUGAGGAAGAACAUUAUGUGAUGAAUGAAGAGGUAUCUCCUGACAGAGAUAAUGAACCAUUUUCUCUUGACCUUAUUGAUCCAACAAAUUGGGGAAAUAUGAAUAGGAAUUAGAGAUUUAAUUGUAAUGAAAGGUCCUAUAAGAGAAAAUGAUAUGCUUUUUCCGAAAGAUAGAGCAAAUCGACACUUCUCAUACACACAUUACGUUCGACGAUUACGUAAUGGAGAGAAACAUGAUAAAAAAUGGUUGAUAUAUUCAAAAAGUUUGGAUAAAGUAUUUUGUUUUUGUUGUAAGCUAUUCAAUAAUGAUGGGAUCAGAAUUCAAUUGGCACAUGAUGGAGUAAAUGAUUGGAAAAAUAUUAACGAAAAACUUAAAAUGCAUGAAGUAAGUUGUGACCACAUCAAUAACAUGAGUAAAUGGAUAGAAAUGAAAUUAAGAUUCGAAAAGAGUAAAACAAUUGAUAAAAGUGUGCAAGAACAAAUCAAUAGGGAUAGAGAACAUUGGAGACAAGUAUUACUGAGAAUAAUAUCUGUGGUGAAAACUCUUGCUGAAAAUAAUUUAGCAUAUCGUGGGAAUAAUGAGAAGAUAUAUCAAGAAAAUAAUAGUAUCUUCUUAAGUAUGAUUCAAAUGAUUGCUGAGUUCGAUCCCGUAAUGCAAGAGCAUGUUGGUUGAAUAAAAAAUAAAGAGAUUCAUUAUCAUUAUUUGGAUACAAGAUUCAGAUGAGUUGAUACUUAUGCUAGCGGGUGAGAUAAAAAAAGUAAUCAUUGAGAAGCUAAAAAAUUCUAAAUAUUUUUCUGUUAUACUUGAUUGCACUCUAAAUACAAGUCACGAAGAACAAAUGUCUAUAAUAUUGAGGUGUGUAGAUAUUUCGAUGAGUCCAGUGAAUGUUGAAGAAUUGUUUUUAGGGUUUUUAUUGUUGGAUGAUACAUUAGGUAAGAAACUUUUUGAUAAACCGGUGGAUGUUUUGAAUAAUCUAGAACUUGAUAUUGACAAUGUAAGGGGUCAAGAUUAUGAUAAUGGUGCUAACAUGAAAGGACAAUAUAAAGGAGUUCAAAGUAGACUAUUACAACUAAAUCCUAGAAGAUUCUAUUGUCCUUGUGGAUGUUAUAGUCUUAAUCUUGCACUUUGUGAUAUGGCCACUUGUUGUUCAAAAGCUAAAUCUUUCUAUGGGUCGGUGCAACGUAUAUACACUUUAGUUUCUUCAUCUACUAAACGGUGGAAAAUUUUCAAAGAAAAUGUAACUAGUCUUACCCUUAAGCCCUUGUCACAAUCUCGUUGGGAAAGCUAUAUUGAAAGUGUUAGAGCAAUAAGAUUUCAAACUUCACAGAUAAAAAAAGUAUUAUUUCAAUUAGCAAAUGUUGAUGAUCCUAAGACAAAAAGUGAGGCAGAGUGUUUGGUAACAUAUGAAAUUAACAAAUUUGUAUUCUUGCUUGGGAUGAUUAUUUGGUAUGAGGUGUUGAAUAAUGUUAACAAAGUAAGCAAACAUUUGCAAGAAGAAGACAUGCAUAUUGAUGUUGCCAUAGAUCAUUUAAAAGGCCUCAUUUCAUUUUUCAAAAGUUAUAGAGAAUCUGGUUUUGAAUCGACCAUGGUUGAUGCUAAAGAAAUUGUAAGUGAAUUAGAAAUUGAACCGAAAUUUUGUAAAAGUUAUACAUAGAAAAAAGCAGUUUGAUGAGAUUUCUUCUAAAGAGAUAAUAUAAACAGCUGAAGAAUCUUUUAAGAUCAAUUAUUUCAUAUAUAUAUAUAUAUAUAUAGUGGAUCAAGCUCUAUCAUCACUUCAGAAUAGAUUUGAGCAAUUUCAGAAAUAUGAUAAUACUUUUGGAUUUUUAUUUGAUUUGAAAAGACUUAAAUCUGUUGAUGAUGAUGUUUUGAGGUGUUCUUGCAUUAAACUUGAAAAUUACUUGAAGCAUAAUACAAUUUCUGAUAUUGCUGGAAUAUAAUUAUUUUCUGAGUUGAAAGUUUUAAGGGCAGUGAUACUUGCAAACAUUUUUGGAGCAAUUGAUGUAUUGGAUUAUAUUAAGAGAAUGAACAGUUGUUUUGCAAAUUCC